CACAGGCAAUCUGCAUUCACUGUUGACAGAAGGCGACGGAACAAUGCGCUGUCGGUGAGUGCGGCGGUGAGCAUGUGCAGCAAAAAUGGCCGACGAGAUUGAGGAUGAUGGGCCGCAUCGAGCAGCUUCGAGCGUGUCUCGAAACGCCACAACAGGCUCGAACCCGUCACACGCAUCAGGCUCACGACAAAACGGACAACCACUGCGACAACGUGGACUGGACAGACAGAGUGGCGCUACAUCAACGACAAAACCUGGCGUGCAACAACCAAAACCACAAGCACUCCCGAGACGUACCGGUCCAGCGUCUAUUAUUGUAUCUCCAAGGCAGAAGGGAAAUCCGAUCCUGGACAAGAUCAAAUCGUUGCCGUGGGAGUAUGCAGACAUACCAGCAGAUUAUGUACUAGGGGUCACCACCUGUGCAUUGUUCCUCAGUCUGAAAUAUCACCGGCUGCACCCCGAGUAUAUCUACACGCGGAUCAAGAAUCUGCAGGGCAAGUACGCAUUACGCAUCAUCCUGUGCAUGGUCGAUAUCCAGAACCAUGAGGAGAGCUUGAAGGAGCUCAGUAAGACCAGUGUGAUCAACAAUGUCACCAUCAUCCUGUGCUGGUCCGCCGCCGAAGGAGCACGAUAUUUGGAAUUGUUCAAGACCUACGAGAAUGCGGCACCGACGUCUAUCAAGCAACAUCAGUCCACGUCUUACAGUGAUCGCAUGGUUGACUUUGUGACCACGCCGAGAUCGAUCAACAAGACAGAUGCUGUCUCACUUGUGUCUCAAUUUGGCACAAUUCGCACUGCGGUAAAUGCACGGCACGAAGAAGUGGCGAUGAUUGGGGGCUGGGGAGAGAAGAAGGUGCAGCAGUGGACUCAAAGCGUGACUGAGCCAUUUCGGAUUCAGCGAGCCGGCAAACGAGGACUACAAGUGGAAAACAUUCUCGGCACCCAGCCAAUAUCACGAGCGCCGACAUUGUCCAGAGAUGUCACGAGGGACGAGGCAAUUUCCAGUGCAGCAACUACCCCUGCUCUCAGCCGCACGAAUACUGGUCUGGCCGACGCCGAUCGCCGCCCGCCUAGUCGGCUCGCAGAACAGAUACAAGAGCCCACCGAGGACGAAGAGGCUUUUGCUGCAGCGAUGAAUGAGGCUAUGCUUCCGGUCAAGAAGACUACCGCAACAACGCGAAACGAACCGUCUGAGGUGCCAAAGAAGCGCAAGCAGGACGACGAGGCGCUCAGUGAGGGAGUAAUGGCAGCGCUUAACAAGUUGAGGAAGCCCGGCUGAGGGACUCUCAUGAAAGGGAGACACAGCUUUCUGUUGAAGCCCGCGUGACACUCCGUUUUAUGGAUUGGUCUAUCAACCUCUUUAACGCGGCAAGCUCAAUGGCGAAAAUCACGACCAGUCCAAUGUCGCCACAAGCCUGCGUGCGAAGCCGACCAGUUUAAGACACAAGUACUCGCCGUUGGCGUGUCCGGGAUUUAUCGAUUCCCGCUCCAUACCGACUGCGAGCCCUUUACCGUCACGAGGAAAGUCUUUCGGGAGAGGUCGCGAGUGCCAUCUGGCUUGCCUUUGCUCCAUCUGUGCGCAUAGCCCAACAAAAUAUGGACAGCAGUUGUUUCCAGCCCCUGGCCCAUGCACCUCAGCUCGCACCACCUUCUUGCACAUGCUUUUCCACUCACCCGGGCUAAGGUCGA